CGUUUCCGGAUGUUUUUCCAGCAGAAAGAAGGAGGAAAGAUGGCGGACUCUGACCGAGAUCCAGCCUUCGCUCUUAGCGCCGACUUCAUGAACUUCUCCCCCAGAGACGCGGCCUCGCGCUGGCUGGCAGCUCCCGACCUGCAGGUGGAGGUGUACCGUCACCUGGCCACCUACGUCCCCCGGAUCCUCUGCCAGGGGCCGCACGGAGGCAGCGGCAGCAGGGAGGAGCAGCGGGAGGAGCUGGCCUGUCAGCUGAUGCUCCUCGCUCCUCUGGAGUGGCUCCUGCUAGGGGAGGAGCCAGCGGCCGGCCUGGCGCUCCUGCAGGAGAACAACCUGUCGUCUCCACUGUGUGGCCACGUGUUCAAGGUGGGAGAGCCCACCUACUCCUGCAGGGAGUGUGCAGCUGACCCCACCUGUGUUCUGUGUAUGCAGUGUUUCCUGGUCAGCGUUCACCGACACCAUCGAUACAGAAUGACCACAUCAGGAGGUGGAGGUUUCUGUGACUGUGGAGACACCGAGGCCUGGAAGACGGGUCCAUACUGUCAGAAACACACUCCUGCAGACCGCAGCAGAGAGGCAGAGGAGGACCCGGUCUCUCUGCUGCCUCCUGACAUGGUAGCCAGGAGUUACAGCAUCUUCUCCAUCAUCCUGAAGUACGCUGUGGACCUGCUGACCUGGGACCAGGAGGACCAGCUGCCUGCAGGCCUGGAGCCGCCGGAGCGAGGAGACACCUACUACUGCAUGCUCUUCAACGAUGAGGUCCACACCUAUGAGCAGGUGAUCUACACGCUGCAGAAAGCUGUCAACUGCAGCCAGAAGGAAGCCGUUAGCUUCGCCACCACCGUCGACCGAGAUGGCAGGAAGUCGGUCCGGUUCGGAGAUCGUCAGUUCUGUGAACAGGCCAAGUCCAUCAUUGUGAGGAACACCAGCCGCCAGUCCAAGCCUCUGCGGGUCCAGGUGAUGCACUCGUCUGUGGUGGCUCAUCAGUGUUUCGCUCUGAAGGCUCUCAGCUGGUUGGGACAGAUCAUCCAGUACUCUGAUGGGCUGAAGAGGAUCCUGUGCCAGGUGGGCCUGCAGAAAGGUCCAGAAGGAGAGAACUCCUCGCUUGUGGACCGCCUGAUGCUCAAUGACUCCAAGAUGUGGAAAGGAGCUCGGAACAUCUACCACCAGCUGCUCAUGAACAGCCUCCUGAUGGACCUCAAGUUCAAGAAGAUCUUUGCCAUCCAGUUCGCCAAGAACUACAAACGGCUGCAGACAGAUUUUAUGGAGGACGACCACGAGCGCGUGGUGUCAGUGACGUCGCUGUCUGUGCAGCUCUUCACCGUCCCCACCGUGGCCCGUAUGCUGAUGGUGGAGGAGAACCUGAUGAUGACGAUCAUCAGAACCUUUGUGGACCAGCUCCGUCACAGAGACCCUCAGGGCCGGUUCCAGUUCGACCGCUACACGGCCCAGCAGGCCUUCAAGUUCGGCCGGGUGCAGAGCCUCAUAGGAGACCUGAAGUACGUCCUGAUCAGUCCGCCCCCUGAGUGGAGCGACCAGCUCAGGCUCAAGUUUCUGGACGGCUUUGAUGCCUUUCUGGACCUGCUGAGGUGUAUGCAGGGCAUGGACCCGGUGGUGAGACAGGUGGGCCAGCACAUCGAGAUGGAGCCAGAGUGGGAGGCAGCAUUCACCCUGCAGAUGAAGCUGACCCACAUCAUCUCCAUGAUCCAGGAGUGGUGCUGCACUGACGAGCGCGUUCUGAUCGAGGCGUAUAAGAAGUGUCUGAGCGCGCUCAGUCAGUGCCACGCCGGCCUGUCUGACGGCGAGCAGCCAAUCAGCUUGAGCCUGGCGGGUCACUGCGUGGACACGUUCAGGUACCAGGUGUCCCAGGAGAAGGUGUCCAUCCACCUGCCCGUGUGCAGGCUGCUGGCAGGGCUCCACGUUCUCCUCAGCAGGACGGAGGUGGCGUCCCGGUUCCCCGAGCAGCUGCCGCUGGGCGAGCUCAGCCCCCACCUCCUGAUAGAGCUGCCCCUGCGCUGCCUGGUGCUCUGUGCACAGGUGCAUGCUGGGAUGUGGAGGCGGAACGGCUUCUCUCUGAUCAACCAGAUCUAUUAUUACCACAACGUCAAGUGCCGAGUGGAGAUGUUCGACAAGGACGUGGUCAUGCUGCAGGUGGGGGCCUCCAUGAUGGAUCCAAACCACUUUCUGAUGAUCGUUCUGAGCCGCUUUGAACUCUUCCACAUCUUCAGCUCCGUCGACAUCAGGAAGAGAUACAGAGAAGCCAAUAAGGAUCUGGCCCAGCAGAACACCCUGAUAGAGGAGAUGCUGCACCUCAUCAUCAUGGUCGUUGGUGAGCGGUACCUUCCCGGCGUCGGCCAGGUGGAGCCCCUGGACGAGGUCAGGAGAGAAAUCCUCCACCAGCUGUCCAUCAGACCCAUGGCUCACAGCGAGCUGGUCAAAGCACUGCCUGAGAACGGCAAUAAGGAGACUGGCUUGGAGAGAGUCAUCGACAGCGUUGCAUUGUUCAAGAAGCCAGGUGUGACGGGGCGGGGCCUCUACGAGCUGCGGCCCGAGUGGAGCAAACACUUCAACCUUUACUUCCACCACUACAGCAGAGCGGACCAGUCCAAGGCUGAGGAGGCUCAGAGGAAGCUGAGGCGACAGAACGCAGAGGACACAGGUGAGCGCAGUCAAACCCCGCUCCGUGCCUCACCUGGUCACCAUGGUAACCUGUGUGCGUCUCCAGCCCUGCCCCCGCCCCUGCCCCCCCCUCUCUGCCCGCUCUUCGGCAGCCUGGUGAACCUGCUGCAGUGCGACGUGCUGCUGGCCGUGGAGGGCGCCGUGCUGCAGUGGGCCGUGGAGCCCAGCGGCGGCGGCUGGACCGAGUCCAUGCUGCAGAGGGUGCUCCACCUGGUGGGCAUGGCUCUGCUGGAGGAGCAGCAGCAGCUGGAGAACAGCAGCGGAGACGACGACGUCAGCUUCAGAUACAGCAGCAAGAUCGCACGUCCAGGUGACGCUCCCAGCACCUCAGGUAGUGUCCUGGCUUUGUUAGAAAGUCUGCAGAAUGCUCCUCACCUGGAGGUCCACAAGGACAUGAUCACCUGGAUUCUUAAGAUGGUUGGAAACAUCAAAACCGCCCGAGAACGCACGUCAUCCAGCGGCAGCGUCAACGUCAACCAGAGCCGCGGGCCGGAGGAGACGCUGAGGGACAAAGACAAGGCGGAGAGGAAGAGGAAGGCUGAGAUGGCCCGUCUGCGCAGGGAGAAGAUCAUGGCGCAGAUGUCCGAGAUGCAGAAGCACUUCAUCAAUGAGAACAAGGAGCUGUUUCAGCAGAGCAUGGAGGACCUGGAGGCGUCCACGUCUACCGCCGAGCACAGCGUCUCGGGGGCUCAUGGCGGUCUUCUGUCUUGCAGUCCUCCCAGCUCAGAGGUGACCUGCGCCUCUCAGGUGUGCGUCGGCCCCAGGAGGAUGGGCGGGGCGGAGCGCCGUCAGCUGGUCACCUGCAUCCUGUGCCAGGAGGAGCAGGAGGUCAGAGGUCUGGGUAGAGCGAUGGUGCUGGCAGCCUUCAUCCAGAGGUCCACCGUUUUAUCCAAAAACCGCAGCCGCGGUUUCCCUGACCCAGAGCAUCACGACCCUCUGUUCAUGCACCCCGACCUCUCCGUGGGGACCCAUACGGCCAGCUGUGGACACAUCAUGCACGCCGCCUGCUGGCAGAGGUACUUUGAGGCAGUCACGCAGAAGGAGCAGAGACGGCAGCAGCGUCUGCGAGGUCACACGAGCUACGACGUGGAGAACGGAGAGUUCCUGUGUCCGCUGUGCGAGUGUCUGAGCAACACCGUGAUCCCUCUGCUCCCACACACCCCCUCACCUGACCACAGUGUGGAGCAUCCCUCUCUAGAGGCGUGGCUGAGCAGAACCAGUCAGCAGGUAGCUGUGCUCAUCUCCGCCCACAGGAAGCUGUCCCCAGGUGCAGCCCAGGAGGCGGAGCCAGUCGUCCCUGAAGGAUUCAGAGUUGACUUUGUUCCUCAGAACCCCUUCUCCAGCAGCGUCAGCGAGAUGAUCAACACCUUCUGCAUGUCGGCCUACAAGGUGGGCCUGAAAGUGAACCCAAAUGAGCAGGACCCGAGAGUCCCGGUGCUGAGCUGGUCCACCUGCGCCUACACCAUGCAGAGCAUAGAGCGCCUCCUGAUGGACGAGAAGAAGCCUCUGUUUGGAAGUUUGCCUUGCCGACAGGACGACUGUCUGAGCUCUCUGACCAGGUUCAGUUCAGCCUGCUGGACUUCAGCUUCUCUGAGGACCGUCCACAGCCACUUCAUCAGACUCCUGGCAGUUCUGGUGCCAAACUCCCAGGUGGAGGACACUCCCUGUAUCCUGAACAUGGACAUGUUUCACCUGCUGGUGUACAGCGUGCUGUCUUACAGCUCAGUUCACAGUCUGGACCAAUCAGGGCGGAGCUCUGUGGAUUCUGCUCAUCUCCACCUGCUUCACCUCAUUACGGUGGCCCACCUGGUUCAGAUCCUGCUCACCUUCACCACAGAUGAGGUGUGCAUGGAUCAGGACGGUGAAGAGUCAGAGGAGGAGGCGCUCACCUUACAGCUUUACUUAAGCCUUAGAGAACACCUGGGCAGUGCAUUACCUGAAGUGUCCUCUGGGUGGCAGCUGUGGAGAUGUGUGAAGGCUGGCAUCCUGCCCUUCCUCCGAACCGCCGCCCUCUUCUUCCAUUACCUGAACUCUUCAGCGCCCCCUGCUGACCUGCUGGGUACCGGAGCCGGUCAGUGGGAGGCGCUGUGCAGCUACCUCAGUUUGCCCUCCAACCUGCUGCUGCUCUACCAGAGCCAGCGCACGCUGCUGGAGCCACUCAUUCACAGGUGGUGCUGCGAUCCAGGUGUGGGACAGGUGCUACAAGGGGGCGGAGUCUUGGUCAGAUUCCCCAGAGAGUCGAACAGAUUGAUCAACCUGCCAGAAGAUUACAGCGUGUUGAUCAACCAGGCGUCCAGCUUCACGUGCCCACGCUCAGGUGGGGACAAGUCCCGCGCUCCCACGCUGUGCCUGGUCUGCGGCUGCAUGCUGUGCUCUCAGAGCUACUGCUGCCAGACGGAGGUGGACGGAGAGGACGUUGGAGCCUGCACCGCCCACACCUUCACCUGUGGAGCCGGCGUGGGCCUCUUCCUCAGGGUUAGAGAGAGUCAGGUGUUGUUCGUCGCAGGUAAAACUAAGGGCUGCUUCUAUCCUCCACCUUACCUGGACGACUACGGAGAAACGGACCAAGGCCUCAAGCGGGGGAACCCCCUCCACCUCUGCUCGGAGCGCUACAGGAAGAUCGAGCGUCUGUGGCGGCAGCACGGCAUCGCUGAGGUCAUCGGCCACGCUCAGGAGGCCAAUCAGACGCUGGUCGCCAUCGACUGGCAGCACCUGUGACCGUGGACUGGCCCCGCCCUCGCUCACCGGCGUGCAGCCUUGGCCACGCCCACCAAUGAACCUCUUCUUUGAACCAAUCAGCUUGCUGCAGCUGAGGUCAGAGCAGCUUUCAGGGAUUUUUUAGGACCUCUGACUGUCCCCUCCUCUCAGUCCUCCAAUCAGAGGCCUCUGUACCUGAUUCAGCUCAGUCAGCCGGCUGCUGAUUGGCCAGCAGUUGCUCCAGGGAAAGGUUCUGUGAGCUGAUUGGUUGGUCUGAUCGAUGGCGCCUGCUGUCUCGGUGGCAGCGGAGCUGGAUCAGCCGUCAUAUCUGAUGUGUGUAAUGAUUAGGAAGUGUUCUGCUUUUAUGUUUUAUUUAACCAGGUGAGUGUGUGACAUCACUUCCUGUUUGUGUGCUUGAGUUUGGAGAACGGAGCGAAGGAUCCAGAGCGGACUGCGCUGACGGCUCCGUCACUUUAACGUCACUUUAACCCGUCGACUCCUGUAUAAAUGAGUUGGUCUUAUAUAAGAAAAGGAACCAAUAAAAAGGACUGAAAAGAA